GUAGCUCAUACAACGAUCGACCGAAGUUAGCCACUGGCAACACGAUGACGAUGACAAUAGCAACAGCAACUAAAACAGCAACCAAAACAAUGAUGACAACACGACGUGGAAAGUUCUCGACAGCGACAUCUGUAUUGCUUCUCUGUGCAGCAUUGCUACUGACCAAGUCCUUGGGCAUUGUGGCUCUCAGUGGGGAUGGUGAUGGCAACGCAGUUGCCGGACAAGCUGAUGCCUGGAGCGAGGGCAGUGGCUGGGAACUGAUCGCAACGACAGUUGGCACUGAGGAUACCGAAACGACAGCUGAUGAGGCACUCGAGACAACAGCGGAGCCGGAACAGGAGAGUACAGCAGGCCCCGCGGAGGAAACCACAGCCGAUCCCAAUGAACCCGAACAGGAGACCACAGCUAGUCCCAAUGAACCCGAACAGGAAACCACAGUCAAUCCCAAUGAACCCGAACAGGAGACCACCACAAGUCCCAAUGAACCCGAACAGGAAACCACCGCUAGUCCUAAUGAACCUGAACAGGAAACCACCGCUAGUCCUAACGAGCCAGCCACUUCCACGCCUAGCGAGGAGAGUGAAGCGACCACCACAACUGAGGCUGCCGAUGUGAUCACCACCCUUGCACCCACUACUCCGGCACCGCCAGCAUUCCAGUGCCAGGCGGCUGGCGUUUAUCCCCACAUCAGCGGCGAUUGUCAGCGCUUCCACAACUGUCUGCUGGAUGACCUGACCGGUGAGCUGCUGGCUUUCGACAUGGUGUGCCCCCCAUUGAGCGCCUUCUCGCCAAGCUACGGUCGCUGCCUGCGCGAUGUGUCCAGCUGCAAUGACGAUGGCUUUGCUUGCCUGGCGGCUGGUCGCUUCGCCGGCAGCGAUGAUAGCUUCUACUAUGUCUGCUCGGCCAGCUUGCAGGGUGGCUAUCACAAGUAUGUUGUGCGCUGCUCAGCGGGCACACGAUUCGAGCCCUUGGUGAAUCGUUGCUGGCGCUACGACUGGACACAGUUUGUGCCCGGCCAGCCAUCGCUUGAGUCGAGCGAUUUGGCUGCGAUCAAGCGUGAGCAGAAGCAACUGAAGGCCGAGGAGAAGUUGCGUUUGAAAGCCGAGAAGCAGAAGGAGAAGGAGGCGCGCAAGCAGGCGAAACUUGAGGAGAAAUUAGCUAAGAAGGCGGCCAAGGAGCAGGCCAAAAAGGAUGCCAAGGCCAAAAAGCCAGUGUCCGUGGAGAGCGUUGAGUCUGUGGAGCAGGCAAGCAAUGAAAUCUAAUCGCCAAGCAACCACAACCCCAUCCCCAACCUCAACAAUCACUAAAAACCCCUUCUGAUAAUCUAUGCUCGUGUAUUGCCUAGUCUUCAAUUUAGUUAUGUUUGUUAUUAAUUUCUUUUUUUUUCCGGCAUGAAUAAAGACAAGAGUUCUUAAAAAA